AUGGCACAGGCGCACUGCAAGGUCAGCAACAAGCUUAAGGCUGAUGCAGUACGGGAAGAGGGUGUAAGCCUGGCGAGCGGUGAGCUCACAAACUUGCUUUUUGUUGAUGAUGCGUCAUUAGCUGCAACUGGCCAUGAGAGAGCCCCAUGCUUACUCGGACUCCUCGGGGCCUUCUGCAAGGCGACGGGAAUGGCCGCGAACGCCGCCAAGUGUGAAGCCCUCAUUUUUGGGGGCACAGCACGGGAGCAAAAGCGCCUUAUGGAAGCCGAGUACUGUUUAUGUGGGACGUGUUUGAGGGUACUGUAACGAGACGGUGCGAUAUCUCGGGCUA